CUGAUACACCCUCAGCUAUGCCGCCCAUAUUGCGUUCAUUGACGCGCUCCGCACCAACUGCAAUCAUACCGCCUCCGGAGUUGAAAGGUGGCAUUGAUAAAGAUGGUAAAAAGAGAAAGCGUAAUCAGAAAGAUAACUCAAGUGAAGAUCCUCAAGCAACGAAGAGGCUAAGAUGUGCCAUCAAGAACUUUCAGCCGGAACCGAAAACAGUGGAUAUCAAGAAGCGGAAGCGCGAUGAGGACGAUAACGCGACUGAAGAUCACCUGAGCAAAAAGUCAGACAUUGCAGAUAGGAAUUUUGAGCCCAAGCUGGCAGUAGCACCGCGAAAUAAGCGACAGCGUGACCAAGAAGCUGAUCCUGUUGAAGAUGCCAGACUUGCCAAAAGGCAAAAGCUUAUCAUUGAAAAGCUGGAAUGUCAACUCAAGGCGGCGGGAGAGGGGCUUGAAUCAACUAAGGCUGCUUUAGAAAUUACGACAAUAGAGCUUGAAUCUACUAAGCUUGACCUCGAGUCUACGAAGGCCAAGCUUCGUUAUGAGAUUGUCUCCCUCGAGUUAGCGGAAGAGCAACUCAAAAGAGCAGCGGUCCAGUUUUUUUCAACGGAGGACUUGGAUUCAGCACAUUAUCGACUUAAGAAGUUGAUUUACGCUAUUUCCCGUUUUGUCCGGCGCAGCUUUGUUGAGGUAUACGAUAAAGAUACUAUACCAGAGUAUAUUGAAAAGAGGUUCAAGGAGAUGUCUCGGACACCGCUCCACAAAUUUCUACGAUGUGGUUCGUAUGCACAUCUUUCAUUUGAAGCUCUUAUAUGGGAUUUUCUAUGUACCGAAAUCAUGGAAAAUCCCUUUAAGUUACUGGACAAGGGAAGUGGGCUUGGACAUAUCCUAGGUGAAAUUCAAGUCGGAAAGCAUGGUGGUGAUAGCGAAGCACUUAUUUCCUGGCGAGCGCAUACCACCCAGAUAUUGUAUGACUGCGCGACAGUUGAUACAAGGCUUAAGGGACUUCAAGAACAGCUUCUAGAGCUACUUGGAAUGUUCAUCAUCGAAGAAAAGGAGAACAGCGCGAAGAACCAUAUCAAAUCGGAUAUCGAAAAUAUUCUCGAGUUUGCAGCGUCGAUAGCCCGAGAUCUUAAUCGCUGUAGUAUACCAGUUGGAAUCAUGAGAAAGAGUCGCUCAGACGCUCAUGAUGCAUUGCAGUCCUACGAAAACGAAUGGAUGACAAUGGAAAACUCAAGACUAGAGGAUGGCGAUGGCGUAGAGCUCUUGAUAUCGCCGGCCUUUGUCAAAUAUUUGAAGCCGUUCGAUUCUGGCUUCGAAUAUAUGGUCGUUGUUCAGAAGGCGCGAGUACUUUAUAUGAACCGGGUAAACUUCAUGGAUCAUGAGCAGUACAAACGAGUGAAAGAUGGGGGCGUUUAA